AUGAGCCGACAAAAUACAGAGAUGAGUAGAAUAGCUACUUGUAUGGAGCAAAUACGGGCUGACAACAGCCACAUGAUGAACACUUUGGCCCGUAUUAUGGAUGACCAAAUGAGGCAGCACCAAAACUACCUCAAUCUGCUGGAAACAAACAAUAAGCUUACUGAAAGCUUAGGAAGAAUAAUUGAGAACAACACAGCCUCAAAUACUCAACUUAACGCCACAUUUACUAACCUCAGCCACAAUAUAACUUUAUUAAACACACAACAAAUCAAUGUAAACACACCCAAGACAACAACAGCUCUCCUGACAGGUCCAGAUAAAAACUCCCAAUGCCCACAUUCCAGUGCAGCCAGAGAAGGGAGAAACAGUGCAGAAUCUCCUCAGAUACAGAAUUGCAUAGACAUGACUGACAUUCAGAGCAUCACAGUUCUCUUGGUGGCUCUUGUAACUGUUUUGUUAGUUGUCUCCUAUGGGAAAUAUGCAUGGAGAAGAAGGAAGAUGCCACCUGGACCAUUUCCUCUGCCCAUUUUAGGGAACUAUCUGCAGUUUCACUCCGAUGGACUAGUGUCUGGCUUAGUAAAGGUUAGUGCUGGGUUAAUGAAUUUUGAGUUGUAUGUGGCUAUGUUGUCUCUGAAUAAGGUGGAUAAUUUGGUUGGGUUUCCCUCCUGGGACCAGAGAGUACUGAUGGGUCAGUUCUUCCUAGGACAAGACUAUACUAAAGACAAGUCAACUAAUAUAUCUGAAAAGUAUGGCCCUGUUUCUACUGCUUACUUGGGCUGCAGACCCUAUGUAGUUCUAUCUGGGUACCAAGCCAUAAAGGAGGCACUAGUCGACAUGGGAGAUGCCUUUCUGGAUCGAGGAAAUAUGCCUUUAGUUUUGCGUAUCUUCAAUAAUGCAGGGUUAGGUUUCACCAGUGGAGAGACCUGGAAGCAGUUAAGGCAGUUUUCUCUUAUGACUCUAAGGGAUUUUGGAAUGGGUAAGAAGACUUUAGAAGAACCCAUACAGGAGGAGGCACAGCAUCUUGUGGAGCACUUCAAAGGCUUAAAUGAGCAACCGUAUGACCCAUGCAACACUCUGACCUGUGCUGGCUCUAAUAUUAUGUCAAAUAUACUGCUUGGAUCACGCCAUGACUACAGUGACAAGAAGUGGAUGAAAAUUCUUCAAGAUUCAGUUGCUGCUUUUCAUAUCAUCUCAUCGAAGUGGGGUCAGAUAUAUGAUAUGUUUCCUAAGAUCAUGCAGUAUUUACCUGGACCCCAUGAGAAAAUAUUUACUCUUCUCAAACCGCUUAAAAAUUAUAUGAAGGAGAACCUCAGGUCUCACCAGGAGACACUGGAUCCUGCCUGUCCACGAGAUUUUGCAGAUUGCUUCCUCAUCAGAAUGAAACAGGAAGAGAAGACUCUCAAAACUCCUUUCAAUAUGGCAAACCUCUUGGAAUCUGUAUUUGACAUGUUUUUAGGGGGAUCUCAGAGCACUGCAAUUACAGUGAACUUCGGUUUCUUGAUACUGAUAAAGUACCCUGAGCUACAAGAUAAAUUGCAUGAGGAAAUUGAUCGGGUGAUUGGCCAAAUACGACAGCCUAGAGUGGAAGAUAGGAACCAGAUGCCAUACAUGAAUGCUGUUUUACAUGAGAUUCAGAGGAUUUCAAAUGUCUUUCCAAUGGGCAUUUUUCGAUGUACCAACAGGGACGUGAACUUCCGUGGGUUCUGUAUUCCCAAGGGCACAGAUGUCAUUGUCAUGCUGAUAACAGUCUUACAGGAAUCAUCAGAGUUUGAAACUCCUGGAGAAUUCAACAUUUACCAUUUCUUGGAUGAGAGUGGCAAACUUAAGAAAAUAAAUGGAUUUCUACCAUUUUCUACAGGAAAAAGAUCAUGUGUAGCUGAAAGUUUGGUGCGUCUGGAGCUUUUCAUUUUCUUCACCGUCAUCCUGCAGAAAUUCACCCUGAAAUCUAUAGUGGACCCCAAAGACCUUAAUAUCUCCCCUGUGGAAAGUGGCAUGGAAAGUAUUCCUCCUUCCCACAAAAUGAUUUUCAUUUCUCGUGUUUAG